GCUGUGAGAGUUUAAUCCAUGUGUGCUGUCAAAUCUACAAAUGGUUCCAAAGACAUGAUAGUUUAAAAAAAUGGUAGGACGCCCUUUAGUCAUAUUGCCCUCGAUUUGUGUAAGGUCAGUAGUUUUUGUAAUACAAAAACCAAAUAUUUUAUGCGGAAAGUUACCGAAAUUCAAAUAGAAUUCAAAAUUAGGCUCAGACCAAACGAUUUUUGCCUGAACAUUUUCAAUUAGCUUAAAUUCUCCGGUGUCCGCAAUUUAAUUGAUUGUACUUUAUUGAUGUGUCACACACAGUUACACCAAGUCGAUUAAAUGUUAGCCAGCCAGCGACAUUUAAUAAUUUUGAUUUAAAAAUAAUUGAGUUGUAGGUGAUUGAAGACGACGCGUGUGUGUACUGUUAACCGAGUGAAUGGUUUUUCAAAUUGUCAUUGCUUGUCAUUGGAACCACACAUCCGAUCGAUAUGAAAUCGUUGAAAGUAAUUCUUUUAUUGGCGAUCAUGCAGGUCACGGUUGAAUUUAGUUUGCGUCCGAAGUACUUCAAGGUAGAACGUGCUGGCUCGUGUAAAGCACAAAAGAACCACCGUGGAAAAUUGGAGCGAUUCGAUUUAGAGCAACCAACGAAAUAUGAAUUUCAUCUGGAUGCAGACCUACGAAUACUGGCGGAUGUAACCAAUCCUAUUCAGUUCCAUAUCAAAUAUUCCAAAUGUACGCUGGAAAAUGAAGGAAAUAAUUGCGAUGAUCACGAAACUGCAAAAUUUGAUAACAUCUGCGAUGUGCUAGCUGAUAGAAAUGCCCCAUGGUCGGAAUUACUUAAACUAAUUAAACCCAGACUGAUGUGUCCUAUCAGAAAGGGUCUUUAUACGAUACGCAAUGGAUCACUUGACCUAUCAAUGUUUUCCCGGCUACCAAUCGAUGGUUACAGGUACGUGACCACACUAUCGCUUUACGAAACUCCCAAAGGUGAUUCACAUCAUCUGCAAUUAGCCUGCUUGGAUUCGGAUGUCAUAGUAACUGUUCAAUACACUUCUGGACGAUCUAGACACAAAGGGUGAUGUUAUCUACGAUUUCAAAGCUCAAAUGAGUGUAGCCAACGCACUUCGAACAUGAGCGGUACUAUAAGUAGGGUACUGAAACUGUGAAACUGUCAUCAGUGUGAAACACUGUUAAAAGCAAUUUCAUACAAAAUAGUACUCUAUUUGGCUAUAAUCACUUUUGCUUGAAGUGCGUUGGUGUCACGUACGUCAGGAUUCUUACAUUAAUUUCGAAUUGAUUGGCAAAUAAACUGGUUGUG